GGGUUAUGUCCCUGUUUUUCUUCCUCUGUACUGUAUCUCUGAAAAGCAUCCAUUCCUCUCUCUUAAAUGCCACAGCAUCUAUAUUCUCUCCUUCACUCCCCCAACCCCAUUUCUACUCUCUCUCUCUCUCUCUCUCUCUCUAAAAAUCAAUACCUUCACACUCCAGGUGAUGAUGAGUCAUAUCAUAUGUAUACACAAAUCAUAAAAUGUAUGAGUGGUUUCUUUGGGGGGUGUUUGUUGCUUAAUUUAUUGAAGUAGUUGCAGUUGGAAGAAGAAGUGAUGAGCUUUGGAAGAUUCAUUGGCACUUGACAAAUUGAAGAGCGUGGUGCCUCAGCUUUUGUUGCUUGAGCAUACUUCGGAAUCAGUGUUUGGUAUUUUCAAUAACAAGAAGAUAAAAAAGGGAUUAGCAAGGAUGAGGAGAGGGCUUGCUUGUUGCACCCGGGACAGAGAGAUUAGCAUCGACUUUGAUGAGCAAGAGAGGAUAAUGACAUACAAUGGACUUGAAAAUUGCAUUCUCAACGGCCAAUCUCUCGAAAAUGAAAGCACAACAAGCAGAGGAGAUGGGUUUGCAACUGACUCACUGGAUGAUGAUGCUUCAACCUGUUCUUCAGGGAAAGAUGCUUUUGGAUCAUUCUCUUCAAAAUGGUUGACAGUGAACAGAGAUGAACAAAGACUGGAUGAAUGGGAGACCUUAGACAGCCCCAACCAUUUCUAUGUCAAAGAAAAACCAUCUUAUGUUCUUCAGAAUUCAGACGUGGAGGAAAUGAAAGAAAAAUUUUCAAAGCUGUUAUUAGGUGAAGAUGUCACAGGAGGAUACAAGGGCCUCAGCACAGCAGUAGCACUGUCAAAUGCCAUCACAAAUCUAGCAGCAACAGUUUUUGGAGAGCUGUGGAAACUGGAACCACUACCUGAAGAGAGAAAAAGCAAAUGGCGAAGAGAAAUGGACUGGUUGCUCUCCCCUACGAACUAUAUGGUUGAGCUGGUUCCUGCUAAGCAAAAUGGUGCAAAUGGUCGGAUGUUAGAGAUUAUGACCCCAAAAGCCCGUGGAGACAUACACAUGAAUCUUCCAGCUCUUCAGAAGUUGGACUCCAUGCUUAUUGAGACACUUGAGUCAAUGGUCAAUACUGAGUUUUGGUAUGCAGAAGGUGGUAGCCGGGCAGAAGGAAGGAACAAAGUUUCACGUCAGAGCAAGAGAUGGUGGCUUCCAGCACCCCAAGUACAAGCUACUGGGCUGUCUGAUACAGCAAAACAGAAAUUGCUCAAUCAGGGUAGGGUGGUUCAUCAAGUAUUCAAGGCUGCCAGAUCCAUCAAUGAAAGUGUUCUGCUUGAAAUGCCUGUGCCAACUGUUGUCAGGGAUGCACUUCCGAAGUCUGGAAAAGCAAGCCUUGGUGAGGAACUAUACAAGGUCUUAACUGCAGAAACAAACUCAGCUGAGGAAAUGGUCAAUUCACUUAACCUAAAAUCUGAACACAAUGCCCUUGAGGUCAUUAACAGGCUGGAAGCUGCUGUAUUUUCUUGGAAAGAAAGAAUUACAGAACAAGUUAGCGGUAAAUCUCCUGUUCGAACAUCUUGGUCCUUCAUUAAGGACCCGUUGUCUGAGAUUGAUAAGGUGGAGUCACUAUUGGACCGAGCAGAAGUACUUUUACAACAGCUGAAAACCAGAUAUCCCAACCUUCCCCAAACUUUUCUUGAUGUUACAAAAAUCCAAUAUGGCAAGGAUGUUGGGCAUUCAAUUAUGGAAGCAUAUUCUCGAGUACUUGGAAACUUGGCUUUCAGCAUACUGUCUAGAGUAGGAGAUGUUUUGCAAGAAGAUGCUUUGAACAAUCCCAAUUCAUUUACAGCAUCAAGUUACUUUCCAUGGAUUAAUAUCAGCCAUAACUCUUCAAUGGCUGGCCAAAACAUUAGAUACUCAUUCAUUGAUGGGAACAAGGGGGAUCGCCGACAUUCCAAUUCGACUUUGAGUAGUAUCGACUUAGAAUUUACGUACAGUGUGGCUAAAGACAGCCCUGUGACGGCAACACCAAGUCGAGCACGUGUAUGGUGCAUUGGUAGAGAGGCUUGUGUGAGUGUUUCCCCUACAAACUCCCCCUGAUGAGAAAAGUAUGGUCUGAAGCAACUCUUAUUGUAAAUGAUUAUCAUAUAUGCUUAAUGGAUUACCAAUCCAUUUUAGGUCGACUCUUUGAAAAGUAUACCCAUAGCAUUGCUUCCAUGCAUGCAUUUUGCUAGCAAGAAUAUGGAGAAAUAAUAUUUCAGAGUAAAUAAAGAGUUGUUAAGGUGAUAAAUUAA